UUAUUCAUUUCGUUCACUGCAGUUCAUGGUUCUUUUUCGUUCGCUCAUGAACGACCCUAUACUAAACAAAACCGAUUGAUUUGUGUUGCCAAUUUUACGUAAUUCUAAUUGCAAAAAUGUCGCUCCUAUGCCGAGUCAUGUGCAGGACUAAAUCCUUUCAGUUAUUAAAAGCCAAUAUAAUCGCAGCCUCUCGUUGCACGUCUACCAAAGAUACCGCUCCGCUCGAUAUAAAAACGGCAUUGGCCCGUCCUGAGGAGCUGGAACAGCGCAAAAAAUUGAAUGGAACGAUCACCGUGCCCACAGCCGUAAAUCUUGGUCCCAUUUCCGGAGUGCCUGGGGUGCAGCUUAAGGAACGUCGUGUGCGCAUUCACAUACCACCUAAGAAUGCAAUGCAAAGCGGAACCGACAACAUUAACAAUUGGCAGAUUGAGUUCGACAAUAGGGAGCGAUGGGAAAACCCUCUCAUGGGCUGGGCCUCUUCUGGCGACCCGUUGUCUAAUUUAAAUGUGCAGUUCGGCAGCAAAGAUGAAGCUAUUACCUACUGUGAACGAAACGGCUGGCGUUGGUAUAUCGAUGGCGAAGUGAAGUCCAAGAAGGACCGCGUCAAGAACUACGGAGUAAACUUUUCAUGGAACAAGCGCACGCGUGUUUCUACCAAGUAGAUUGGGGGAAAGCUUGAUCACUCCAUGAACCAUCAAACUAUUAC